UUGCGUGCCAUGGUUUUCGUUUUAUAAGAGAGCUCUCUUUCCAAACCUGCAACAGCCCCCAAAAAAAAAAAAAAAAAAACCGUUUCUCUCUUACUUGGUCCGGUUUUAUUUUUCCCCUCCUUUAUUUCAGCUUCUCUUUUUGUCAGAUCUCUCUGUGUCUAUCUCUCUAGCAUAUAGUAUUAAAGGCCCAGAAAUCCCGUCUCCAAGAAAACCUCCAAAAACAAACAGAAUCACCAGAGACACCCUUUUUUUGCUUAUUGGGUUUCUCUCAGUAUCCUCUUUGAGAACUGCCAAUUCCUUCAAAUAUUAAAAAAAAAAAAGAGAAACCCCGCAUUUCACUUGCGUAGAAAGUAGAACGUACGCAAUUAAAGCACUGCCAGUCUUGGAAUUGGAAGCCUUUUUUUAGUCUUCACAAAAUUUUAACUCCCCAACGGAAGGGAAAAAAAAAAAAAACAGAGAUGUCAAAAGAAGGACGAAAACCCAACUGGCACUAGUAUUUUUUUUCCUUUGAAAGCCAAAACAAGUUAAAGCACUCUUUGCUAAGGAGUUAAUUAAAGCAAGCAAAGCUGAUUUCCGGAGAUUCAUACAUUUGUCAACGAAGCCUCUUCUCUUCAUCUCUUUCUCUGCUUCCCCAUUAUAAAUUCCUAAACAAACUUUCACAACAAGAUCUAUUUGGUGCCGAAGCAAUGUUGCCACAAAAACAAGCAGAGGAAGCCAUAGUUUCAAGCUUGAACCAAACGGAGCCGGAAGACAGAGAGGAAGAGGAAGGAGGAGGAAAAGAUGAGUCGCUUUUGAGCUUCAAAAGCCUUCUCUGGCAUGGUGGGUCUGUUUAUGAUGCUUGGUUCAGCUGCGCUUCCAAUCAGGUUGCUCAGGUGCUUUUGACACUGCCCUACUCUUUCUCUCAACUUGGGAUGGUCUCAGGAAUCAUAUUUCAGGUGUUCUACGGCGUGCUCGGAAGCUGGACUGCUUACUUAAUCAGUGUUCUCUACGUCGAGUACCGAAGCCGAAAAGAGAAGGAGAAUGUCAGCUUCAAAAACCAUGUCAUCCAGUGGUUUGAAGUGUUGGAUGGUUUACUGGGUCCAUACUGGAAAGCUGCUGGGUUGGCCUUCAACUGCACUUUUCUCCUAUUUGGAUCCGUUAUCCAGCUUAUAGCUUGUGCAAGUAACAUAUAUUACAUAAAUGACAAUUUGGACAAGAGGACAUGGACGUACAUAUUCGGAGCUUGUUGUGCCACCACAGUGUUCAUACCCUCCUUCCACAACUACAGGAUUUGGUCCUUCUUGGGCCUUGGAAUGACCACUUACACCGCUUGGUAUUUGACCAUCGCCGCAUUGGUUCAUGGCCAGGUUGAGGGUGUGAAACACUCGGGCCCUACACAAUUGGUUUUGUAUUUUACAGGCGCCACCAAUAUACUGUACACUUUCGGCGGCCACGCCGUCACUGUGGAAAUCAUGCAUGCAAUGUGGAAACCACAGAAGUUUAAGUACAUUUAUCUGCUUGCCACUCUCUAUGUGUUCACCUUAACAAUCCCAUCUGCCGCGGCUGUUUAUUGGGCCUUUGGUGACCAACUCCUCACGCAUUCAAAUGCCAUUUCACUUUUACCCCGCUCUGGUUGGCGUGAUACUGGUGUCAUUUUAAUGCUCAUUCACCAGUUCAUAACGUUUGGAUUUGCUUGUACGCCACUGUAUUUUGUGUGGGAGAAAGUCAUAGGCAUGCACGACACCAAAAGUAUUUGCUUAAGGGCUCUUGCUAGGUUACCGGUGGUGAUACCAAUAUGGUUUUUGGCCAUUAUAUUCCCUUUCUUUGGCCCCAUUAACUCGGCUGUUGGGGCUCUUUUGGUCAGCUUCACCGUCUACAUCAUCCCUUCUUUAGCCCAUAUGCUUACUUUCAGAUCUGCUUCAGCUCGACAGAAUGCAACGGAGAAGCCACCCUUUUUCAUGCCAAGCUGGACAGCCAUGUAUGUAGUGAAUGCAUUUAUAGUAGUUUGGGUGCUCAUAGUUGGAUUUGGAUUCGGUGGUUGGGCUAGCAUGAGAAACUUCAUCAAGCAAGUCGAUACGUUCGGCCUCUUUGCUAAGUGCUACCAGUGUCUGCCCCAAGGGCCGCCGCCCCCGUUGCCCCUUCCGGCGCCCCACUAAGUACUUGAUGCUUUCUUUCUUUUGCACGGCACACAAAAAAAAAAAAAAAAAAAAAAAAAAAUUGUUGAAGAAAUUAGGCGUGAUCAGCAUCAUAAUGCACUUGGUGUGUUUUGUGUUGUACUUUCCCCAUCUUUUGCAGCCGUCUCCUCAUUAUAUAACUACUACUUGUUGUGGAUGGUAUAAUUGUUUUUAUUUUUAUUUUUAUUUUAUUUUUUGGUUAGAAUCAAAGAAAUGUGUAUCUCACUUCUGGCUCCAAUCAAUAUUCAAUUAUGUCGAAAGCUGUCAAACGCCACUAUUAGUAGGAUCU